AUGGAUACAGACGCAUACCGAUUCCGUGUCCCUAAACCGAACUAUUUGCCACACAGAACCGACAAAGAUGACAUCGUCGAGGAAUACAUCCCCCUAGAUCAGGCUAGCGAGCUCGACAAUGCCAAGUACUUUGCCAAAUGCAAGCGCAUGGCUGAGGAGUCAGGAAUCACACGGCCGAAGGGCUAUAAUGUCUCCUUCCACUGCAACCCUGAAAUGGAGAAGCAUCAUUUCGGCCAGACUCAUCCCAUGAAGCCUUGGAGACUCACCCUUUCCAAGAGUCUCAUCUACUCUUACGGUAUGUCCUUCGCCAUGGACAACUACAUCGCCCGAGCCGCCACGUAUGAAGAACUAAACGAUUUCCAUUCCGAUGACUAUCUGGACUUCCUUGGCACUGUGCUGCCGGAGCCUGUUCCGAGGGACGUUGACAACACCAAUCCCGAUCUCAAGUUCAACCUCGGCGGCUCCGACUGUCCUCUCUUCGAGGGCCUCUACGACUACUGCUCCAUGUCGGCAGGCGGAUCUCUCGACGCCGCGAGAAAGAUCUGCUCCAACCAGUCCGACAUUGCCGUUUCAUGGGGAGGCGGCCUGCACCACGCCAAAAAGGCCGAGGCGUCUGGAUUCUGCUACAUCAACGACAUCGUUUUGGCCAUCCUGCAGCUGCUGCGUUGUUUUCCCCGCGUCCUCUACAUCGAUAUCGAUGUGCAUCAUGGAGACGGCGUGGAGGAGGCCUUCUAUUCCACGGACCGUGUCAUGACGGUCUCUUUCCACAAAUACGAUCCCCUCAAUUUUUUCCCUGGCACCGGUGGCCUGGAUGAUAAUGGUCCUAAGAACGAGCACAACCCCGGAGCGCACCAUGCCAUCAAUGUUCCCCUUAACGACGGCAUCACCGAUGACCAGUACAAGUGGCUUUUUGAGAACGUCAUUGGCAAAUGCAUGGAGAAGUUCCGGCCCAGCGCCAUCGCUCUGCAGUGCGGCGCCGAUUCACUCGCCGGCGACCGUCUUGGGCGAUUUAAUCUCCAGGUUCAAGGCCACGGCGCAUGUGUCGAAUUUUGCAAGUCGUUCGGCGUACCCAUGAUUCUCUUCGGCGGCGGCGGAUACACGCCUAGAAACGUGGCCCGCGCCUGGGCUUUCGAGACGAGCAUCGCCAUCGGCUGCCAAGAAAAGAUCGACCCCAUCAUCCCAUCGCACGCCCCUUGGAGGGAUCAAUUCAGAUAUGAGGAGUUGUUCCCGACAUUGGAGCAGAUUCUUGGAGAGCCACGCGUGAAUAGGAAUACACGGAAGCGCCUCGACGAUGUGCUCCAACAUGUUACAGAACAGCUUAGGUUUGUCCAAGCAGCCCCGAGCGUUCAAUAUCAGACCAUUCCGCCCGACUUGGGCGGCCUCAGAGACGACGUCGAAGCGAAACUCAAGGAGCAGCGCGAAGCCGAGAACGAUGCAGUCAGAAAACAGCGCGAGGAGGCCGUUGGGCAUGCCAUGGAGUACUGA